AUGGAAAUGCAGUGUACCAUUUUCGAGCUUGACCAGGAUCGCUUCACCCGAGACCAAGGAGGCAUAGCAGAUCGGCAUCGCGAAAUGGGCCAGCUUGCCCUGCGCGAAGCCGGCCUUUGGGUGAAAAGUGAUGGCAGAGUCUUCUGGGACGAGAACGACGCGAACGAUGCCGGGACUGGCCAUUCAGGAGAGCGACCCGAGAUCGACCGCGCCAGGUUGCGUGACAUCUUUUUGGACUCGAUCCAAUCUGAUUCGAUUCAAUGGAAUAAAAAGCUUAUCCGCGUCGAAUCGGCCGAGGCUCCCGAUACCGAAUACAAUCUCCGUUUCGCAGAUGGCGUGAAAGUGGGCUUCGACCUGGUGGUGGGUGCUGACGGCACCUGGUCCAGAGUUCGGACCCUUCUCACAGAUCAGUUGCCAUUCUAUUCGGGCAUCUCUGUGAUCGAGUUGAAGGCUAUGGAAGUCAGCGCAAAGAAAUGGUGGCUCUCGAACCUCACUGGCCAGGGGAGUUGCUUCAUGUUUGAUGAAGGCCGAGCUUUGGUUUGCCAACGAAAUGGCAACGACAGCAUUCGGGUCUAUGCGGCCGUUCGCCAGCCUGAGACCUGA